UUGUUUUGGAGGAAGUGCACAGAGCUCGGCUAGCAGCUAGCGCGUUUAGCUUGACAGGAAAAGCAAGCGUCAACGGGAACGGGGCGAAAUAGACCAUUGUACCAAAGCGCUUCUGUUACACGAAAGGAGGGAUACGUCGGUAGUGGCAGUGUUGACUUCAAUAAACAGAGUUAGCUGCGAGGCUAGCUAUCAGAAAUUAUUCAGCUGUCGACGCUCUGAACGUGUUGUUUUCUUACGGCAGACGUUUACAGGAGCCGUUAGCCUGUUAGCUAGCCUGCGCGUUAGCUAACGCUUCCAACCGAGGCAGAAGAAAAGUCCACUUUUGAUAUUCUCCACCGCAGGAUCACCGCGCAGCUGUGGCACAAUGACUUCAAGGAAGAAAGUACUACUCAAAGUCAUCAUCCUUGGAGACUCUGGAGUUGGGAAGACCUCGUUGAUGAACCAGUAUGUGAAUAAGAAGUUCAGUAACCAGUACAAAGCCACAAUAGGUGCUGAUUUCCUGACGAAAGAAGUCAUGGUGGAUGACAGACUUGUCACAAUGCAGAUUUGGGACACAGCAGGACAGGAGAGGUUCCAGUCCUUAGGUGUAGCGUUCUACCGUGGAGCAGACUGCUGCGUCCUGGUGUUCGACGUGACAGCGCCCAACACCUUCAAGACUCUAGACAGCUGGAGAGACGAGUUCUUGAUCCAGGCCAGCCCUCGAGACCCGGAGAAUUUCCCCUUCGUGGUGCUGGGAAACAAGAUCGACUUGGAGAACAGACAGGUAACAACCAAGCGAGCACAGGUUUGGUGUCAAAGCAAGAACAACAUCCCAUAUUUCGAGACCAGCGCCAAGGAGGCAAUCAAUGUGGAGCAGGCCUUCCAGACUAUUGCACGCAAUGCCCUUAAACAGGAGACUGAAGUGGAGCUGUACAACGAGUUCCCUGAGCCGAUAAAGCUGGACAGGAACGAGCGGGCCAAGCCGUCAGCGGAGACCUGCAGCUGCUGAGGACUCUGAGGAUCUCCGGGGGGUCGUCACUGCCCUCACUACCCUGUCUUGCCUUGUCUAUAUAUCCCUUUUCCCAUGGCCCACUGUGUUAAUCUCCCAAUGCCCAACAUACAAGCAGCAUCCCACUCAUUGAGUAUACUACGACACACACCGACAUGCUGCACUCACCACCUUAUGUACACAAAACACACAUUUUCUAUAAAAUAUGAGUCUCCUAGCCCAAAGAACACCCUGUGGAAACAUUAUGGAAUUUACUUGUACGAUGCUUAUUACUUCCCAGUGUUUCUCCACGUACUUUUUCAUGGCGGUGGUGGUUCGGGCUAACCUCAUUCUCAGUUCCAUAUAUAUAUCGCUGCUUUCACACCCAGUUUUGGUUCUAACUGCUUUUAUUUUGGAUACUUUAAGUGGUAAAUUGAAGCAUUAUCUCUACGUGUUUGUGUUGAUGAGUAAAGUUAGAAAACUUAUGUUUUUGUUUUGUUUAUUUUUAAUCAAAGUUUCUUUAGCGGUGGUGGUUGUUUUCUUACUUUCUCGGCCCGCCACUGCUGCAUGAACAGAGGAAACACUGCUCCCCCGAUUUUACUCAUUUGUGUUGUGGUUUAAAUUGAUUUCACUCUCAAAAACUCUUAUGGUUUCACUUUACCUCUUUCGAUCAUAAAAGAAAAAUACAAAAUUCGGAAGUGAAGUAGUGAAGGAUCAGAACGUAUGAAGGUGCAUGUGGGUCUCAUUCAUACGCUGCCUGCUGAUUCUCAACGAUUGGCGCAGAAUUGAAAAUCCAGUUCCACGACAAGUCCGUCAGACAAGUGUGUACAGGUUUUUGUUUUUGUUUUGCACUUUGCUGUCAUCCACAAUUGCUUAAGACUUGUUCAGACCUCUCAUUUUGGAGCCACAAUAAAUGCAAUUGUAGCUCAGGUUGAGGACAUGGUGUGAAUCCUCCUUGAUGUAAGCGCGGUCCCUAACACACUAGUUGCUGUUCCUCUGUUGGGGAAAUGAAGGUUCAUCUUGUAAUCAGUUCCUCCUGGUACAUUUUAUGUGGGAAUGAACCAAAUCAAGACAGCAUGUCAUUCUACCUGAUAGUCCUGGGGAGGAGAGAGUUUUCUCAAGUAUAAAUAUCAUUCAUAACUGAGUACUAUUAGCUAGUACCUUUCUUUUUACUGUCAACUAUUGCAAGACUUUGUAUAUUUGCAAACCUCUCAAUCAUUGUGUGGGGAAGGCAAAAAGUUGUGUUGUAAAUCUCCAUAUCCGACUCUGCCAGUUGCUCGUGUUGGCAAACAAUUUAAGUGCUUGACAUUUCUUUUUAACCGAUCAGAUCUUUAACUGUCUGUUCGUAUUAUGUUAAAACUUUGAAAUGCAUUAUAGAUUACAAGAUAGCAUACAUACUGUAACUUUGAAAGAAGAAAAAAAUGUGGGGGGGGAAGUAUUGGCAUUCAUCAUUAUUAUAUUAUUAAUAUGAUAAAUGCAUAGCAUCUACAUUGUUUCAAAAUGUCUUUGCGUUUCAAGUAAUAAGGGUAAUAAAAAUCUUGAAUAAA